AUGCAACAAACAUCCAGCGCUACUACUAUCAACAACAACACCAGCACCAUUGACAAUAACACCAACACAAACACCACCCAUACAUCGGGCAGCACAACUGCAGCUGCACCAACAAAACCAAAUAAUAAUAAUCUUAAUAGACGAAGAAAGCCACAAGAAAAGAUGGCACAACAACAACAACAGCAUGCUGAGCAAAGCGAUACGUCGCCGCCUGAUGACAACAAAAACAAAGAUUCCAAACUGAUAGAAACGGGUUGUGCGCGUUUUGGCAAGUGCAAGUGGUUUAAUGUGGCCAAGGGGUGGGGCUUCAUAACACCACACGAUGGCGGACAGGAAGUGUUUGUGCAUCAGAGUGUCAUACAAAUGUCCGGCUUUCGGUCGCUGGGCGAGCAAGAGGAAGUGGAAUUCGAGUGUCAACUAACCGAGCGCGGCCUGGAGGCGACACGUGUGAGCGGCAGCAAAGGACUCGACUGCACGGGCAGCACCUUCCGACCGCGCACGAAAAAGCGACGACGCGUACGCUGCUAUAAUUGCGGUAAAUUUGCUAAUCACAUUGCCUCGAUGUGCCCGCAGGAACCGCAACCCAAGCGCUGUCAUAUAUGCAAAUCCGAAGCGCAUUUCUUUGCCGAUUGUCCGAUGCGGCAGGAAUCAACUGCGCACGUUGAGUCAGCGCCAAUAUCUAAUGACGAUAAGAGCCAGUGCGAGGAUGCAGCCACGUGA